AUGCGCAAACAACUUGACCCUCGGAUACCCAUUCUUGUCAACAACAAUGUCACCAAAAAUCAUCGUUCGUUUGUGGUGCUUGUGGGGGACAAGGGUCGAGAUCAAAUCGUUAACUUGCAUUUCCUGCUUUCUCAAGCAAGAGUGAGCGCUCGACCGUCCGUAUUAUGGUGUUAUAAAAAAGACCUGGGAUUUACUACGCAUCGUAAGAAACGCGAGGCCAAAAUAAAACGCGAUGUCAAACGCGGAAUCCGUGAACCCAAUGACCAGGAUCCCUUCGAGAUAUUUGUCACCGUCACCGACAUUCGUUACACCUACUAUAAGGAAUCUCAUAAGAUUCUGGGCCAUACGUAUGGCAUGCUUGUAUUACAGGACUUUGAAGCUCUCACCCCAAAUCUUCUCGCUCGGACGGUCGAGACUGUGGAAGGUGGAGGACUGAUCGUUCUGCUCUUGAAAAGUAUGAACAGUCUCAGACAACUGUACACUAUGGGGAUGGAUGUCCAUGCACGCUACAGGACGGAAUCGAGUGGAGAGGUUAAACCACGGUUCAAUGAACGGUUUAUUCUCUCUCUUGCUGCAUGUCCGAAUUGUCUAUUCCUCGAUGAUGAAUUGAAUGUACUCCCAUUAUCGAAAGGGAAAGAUAUAGAGCCACUACCCGAACAAAACGGAAAAGGGACAACUAGAAGUCAAGAAAAUGCGGAACUCAGAGAGCUCAAAAAUUCCCUUGAAGGCAGCGUCCCUGCUGGUCCCCUAGUAGCUUUAGCAAAAACCACAGACCAAGCUCGAGCAUUACUCACUUUCGUCAACUCCUUGAUUACUCCCUCCGAUCCAUCUUCGUCUUCUAAUCCCUCGUCUUCCCUUUCUUCUGCUCUCAAUACUACAACCACCCUUCUCGCCGCCCGAGGUCGAGGGAAAUCCUCCGCAUUAGGCCUUGCAUUAGCUGCUGCAGUGCAUACAGGAUAUGCCAAUAUAUUUCUCACCUCCCCAGCUCCCGAAAACUUACAAACCGCCUGGGAAUUCCUAUUCAAAGGUCUCGAUGCUCUCGGUUGGGAGGAGCACCUAGACUACGAUAUUCUUCAGGCUACGCACGACCUUUCUUCGUUUGGCAAUGGUGUAGAUGAAGCCGCCGAAAGUAACCCAACUUUGGGCAAAGGAGAUGGAGGGAAGAAACCUAUUGUGCGGGUUAACAUCUUCCGCAAUCCCACUCAUCGACAAACGAUCCAGUACAUCGAUCCUCGUGAUGCUCAUGUUUUAGGUCAGGCGGAACUUCUUAUCAUCGAUGAAGCCGCUGCUAUUCCCCUUCCUGUUGUACGCAAUCUUCUGGGUCCGGCGAUGGCCAAGGGUAGCGCUUCUGCUGGUGGCUAUGCCGUUUGGCUAGCUAGUACUGUGAACGGAUACGAAGGAACAGGGAGAAGUUUGAGUUUGAAAUUGAUUCAGCAAUUAAGAGACAAUUCGAGCUCCGGCCCACCAACGAAGGGGGACAGUGGGAAGGGUAACUCUAGCCAUGGCAAUCGCACAUUAAAUGAGGUUAAGUUGUCUACUCCCAUUCGAUAUGCUCCUGGAGACGAAGUUGAAAAGUGGCUGAAUACUUUGCUAUGUUUGGACGUCUCUUCAUCAUCUGCACCUUCGCCGUUCUCCACACUCCCUCAUCCUACCCUGUGCACACUAUACCACAUCAACCGCGACACUCUGUUUUCCUUUCAUCCCGCUUCCGAAGCUUUUCUUCAACGCAUUAUGUCACUCUAUGUUGCCAGUCACUACAAAAAUCAACCUAAUGAUCUCCAGCUAAUGAGCGACGCCCCUGGACACGAGUUAUAUGUCCUACUUCCUCCUAUCAACGCCGAAGACAAGGAGGAGGCUGACAUUCUGCCUCAUCCACUUGCAGUGAUUCAAGUCGCUUUUGAGGGCCGUAUUUCACGGGAGUCGGUCCUCUCGUCUCUAUCGCGAGGACUUCGCGCUGGUGGAGACCUAAUACCAUGGCUCAUAACGCAGCAAUAUCAAGAGACAAAAUUUGCGGAAUUAAGCGGAGCAAGGAUUGUACGAGUGGCGGUUGGCGAGGGCAUCGGUGGUAUGGGCUACGGAAGCCGUGCGAUCAACUGCCUCAAUGCGUACUUCAGCGGGGAGUACUUCAACUUGGACGAACCUGAAACUGAGAACAGUGCAGAGACUCAUGCCCGCGACGAUGCGCGCGAGGCGGGUGACGCUAAAAAAGCAACACUCCACACGGAAAAAAUCACCGUCCGAGCACCAAACGCUAUGCCUCCACUCCUACAGCGUCUAUCCGAACGACGUCCAGAGCAAUUGGACUAUCUCGGCGUUUCGUAUGGUUUGACGGGAUCUUUACUAAGAUUCUGGAAACGUCUCUCCUUUGUCCCUCUGUACAUCCGCCACACUCCGAGUGAUCUCACAGGUGAACACACAUGUGUUAUGGUCCGUGGAUUAAACAGCACGACGGAUGUUGAGAUGGAGUGGUUAGGCGAAUUCGGUGCAGAUUUCCGUACUCGACUUCUCACCCUCUUAUCUUUCCCAAAAUUUCGUGACUUCGGAAGUGUGCUGGGACUCAGUGUGCUCGAAGCGAUAAAUAACAAUACAAGUAUCAAGGCUGUCGAUACCCGGGAGUUGCAGGGAGGGGUGAAGGCUUUGACACCAGCCCUUCUACCAUCUUUGCUUACGCCAUUCGACCUCAAACGGCUGGAGUCAUACGGUAACAAUCAAUUGGACUAUCAUGUUAUUUUGGACCUACUACCUCUCGUUGCGACUCUCUUCUUCCAACGUAGACUGAAUCGACCAAAAUCUAGUGAAGCAUCUGGCGAGGUGAAUAACCUAAGCUUGAGUGCAGUCCAGAGCGCAAUCUUGCUUGGUAUGGGUCUACAGCGUAAAACCGUUGAAGAAAUAGAGACAGAACUUUCAUUACCCGUUUCACAAAUCCUCGCAAUGUUGGUUAAACUUAUUCUCAAGAUUACCAAACGCCUCAAAGAUGUUCAAAAGGAAGGCAUAACGCAAACCAUGCCUGAUCAUUCUAUAGCUGUCUCCCUCCCUUCAAAUGACAGACCUGCGGCAAGUGAAGGAGAAACAUGGAAAAAUGUCUCAGCGACUGUCGAAGCAGAAUUAGAAGCAGCCGGUGCAGAAGAGAAAGACGCCAUGAAGAAAAGGGAACGACAAAGGGAAAUGAUUAAUUCUUUAGAUUUAAGAAAAUAUGCAAUCGAUAACGCCUCAAUGGACUGGUCAACUGCUGAAACGCAAGUAGCUAAGAUAGCUGGAACUGCAAGCAAAAAGUCCCAUCAAACUGUGCUUAGUGUAAAAAGUAUAGGCAGUAAGAGAAAAGCAUCUGAUAUUGGAGAUGAUGGUGGAGGAGGUGUGAAAAAGCCAACGCGCAGAGGAAAGAAAGCGAAACGUUAA